AUGAAGGAGGUUUUAGCACAAGUAUUUUGUCUUCUGCGCGUUGGAAGGCCACCUUUAAAUAACAAAGUUCUUUCCAGCGUACUGGAAUAUAUUGGUAACACUCCCAUGAUUCGUUGCGGAAAUAUAAUUAAAGAGUAUGGACUACAAUGCGAACUCUAUGCCAAGUGCGAAUUUUUCAGUUGUGGUGGCUCGGUUAAGGAUAGGAUUUCGAUUAGAAUGUUCGAAGAAGCUGAGAAAUCUAAUAUAAUUAAGCCUGGAUACACCAUAAUUGAACCCACAUCGGGUAACACGGGGAUCGGACUUGCUCUCUGUGCUGCCGUUAAAGGAUACCGCUGCAUUAUGUGUAUGCCUGAGAAAGUGAGCGAUGAGAAGGUCGACGUGUUGAAAGCUCUCGAUGCGAAAAUUAUCCGAACCCCCACAGAAGUUCCAUCCGAAUCUCCGGAUUCGCAUAUAGGCGUUGCUCAGAGCCUUAAUCGUGAAAUAAAGAAUUCGUGUAUAUUAAACCAAUAUGAGAAUCAGUAUAAUCCUAUUGUGCACUAUGAAGAAACUGCAGAAGAAAUUUUAAGUCAGUGCGGUGGAAGGGUAGAUAUGUUCGUCGCUGGCGCAGGAACAGGAGGCACUAUUACGGGGGUUGCCAAAAAACUGAAAGAAAUAAAUCAGAACGUCAAGAUUGUUGGUGUUGAUCCUGUAGGCUCUGUUCUUUCACAACCGGACCCCACGAACGCCAAGAAAGGUAACUGGCUAGUCGAGGGCAUUGGAUACGAUUUUGUCCCAAAAACGCUGAAUCGAAGCGUGAUAGACUCGUGGAUUAAGACCGACGACAAAACUUCUUUUGAAAUGGCACGCAAACUAAUAAAAUUGGAAGGCCUACUUUGCGGAGGUUCUAGUGGUGCCGCUAUGGCCGCAGCAAUCAAGGCUGCAAGAGAGCUCAAAGAGGGUCAGAUUUGCGUCGUGGUACUGCCAGACGGACUACGGAACUAUAUGAGCAAAUUUUUGAAAGACGAAUGGAUGGAACUACACGGAUUUUUAGAAAGUUCGCCUAAAGCUUCCGAAAACUACUACAACGGCGGCACUAUAGGCAGUUUGAAGCUAGAGAGAACAGAACGGAUCAGAAAUGGUCAGCAGAAAGGAACCCAAGGAUUUUGCUUAAUUCUAAUAUAUAACUUAGAUGCCACGUGCAAGGAAGCUUGCGAAGCCUUGGCGAAGGUAGACACCGAGUGGCUGCCAGUUGUGGAUACCUCCAAUAAGGUCUUAUUAUACAAUUCCCUAACCAAGCCAAGCACCACGUCCAACAGAGCUGUAGGUGGUGGGGAUUGCUGCUACUGA